AUGUCGGGAAAUUUGGUUAUUUUUUUCACUAUCGGUGCUUUCCUAAUCGCAAUUACCGGCGCUGAAGAUCCAUACGGUAUCAAAGAAUGGAAUGUCACAUAUGGCGAUAUCUAUCGACUCGGUGUUCGUCAACAGAUAAAGUUAAGCAUUGCUGGAAAGGAUACUGUUAAGGAGGAUGAUUUUGAUGAAUUGACUUCCAAUUCCAUAGUUACAGAUUAUGAUAUAUCAAGCAUGUCAGGUUUAGAAAAUGAAGCAUAA